AUGUCAACUGAAGAAAAACGCGAAAAUGAUUCAUUUGAACAAGAAAAUACAGAUUAUAAGAUUUUAGAAAAAAGAAUUGUUAGAAAAUGCGAUCUUUACAUGCUACCAAUAUUGGCCAUUACAUACGUCUUGGGCAUCAUCGAUCUUGAUAACGUAGGAAAUGCUGCCGUAGCAGGAUACAAUUACAUUUACUUUAAUACUACUCCUUAUAAUUAUAUUCUAGCCGUAUCAGCACAUUUUUUCGGGUUUAUUAUAUUCGAAAUCCCUUCAAACUUGGUGACAAAUAUUUUAGGGCUUCAUGUUUGGUUGCCAAUAUUAAUGAUAUGUUGGUCAAUAACGUCUAUGACUCAAGCUGCAUGUACAACUACGAUUCAGCUAGGCUUUGUUAGAUUUCUUCUAG